CGCCCUCGGCCCGGGAUGGCCGUGUCGCCGCCGCUCCGCCGGGCGCUGUUGCUGUGGCAGCUGCUGGCGACGGUCGGCGCGGCGCUGGAGAUCGGCCGCUUCGACCCGGAGCGCGGGCGCGGGGCGGCGCCGUGCCAGGCGAUAGAGAUCCCCAUGUGCCGCGGCAUCGGCUACAACCUGACCCGCAUGCCCAACCUGCUGGGCCACACGUCGCAGGGCGAGGCGGCCGCCGAGCUGGCCGAGUUCGCACCGCUCGUGCAGUACGGCUGCCACAGCCACCUGCGCUUCUUCCUGUGCUCGCUCUACGCGCCCAUGUGCACCGACCAGGUCUCCGCGCCCAUCCCCGCCUGCCGGCCCAUGUGCGAGCAGGCCCGGCUGCGCUGCGCGCCCAUCAUGCAGCACUUCAACUUCGGCUGGCCCGACUCGCUCGACUGCGCGCGGCUGCCCACGCGCAACGACCCGCACGCGCUCUGCAUGGAGGCGCCCGAGAACGCCACGGCCGGCCCCGCCGAGCCCCACAAGGGCCUGGGCAUGCUGCCCGUGGCGCCCCGGCCCGCGCGGCCCCCCGCAGACGCAGCCCCGGGCCCGGGAGGAGGCGGCGGCGGCGCCUGUGAGAACCCCGAGAAGUUCCAGUACGUGGAGAAGAGCCGCUCGUGUGCGCCGCGCUGCGGGCCCGGCGUCGAGGUCUUCUGGUCGCAGCGCGACAAGGACUUCGCGCUCGUCUGGAUGGCAGUGUGGUCGGCGCUGUGCUUCUUCUCCACGGCCUUCACCGUGCUCACCUUCCUACUGGAGCCUCACCGGUUCCAGUACCCCGAGCGCCCCAUCAUCUUUCUCUCCAUGUGCUACAACGUGUACUCGCUGGCCUUCCUCAUCCGCGCCGUGGCGGGCGCGCAAAGCGUGGCCUGCGACCAGGAGGCGGGCGCGCUCUACGUGAUCCAGGAGGGCCUGGAGAACACGGGCUGCACGCUGGUCUUCUUGCUGCUCUACUACUUCGGCAUGGCCAGCUCGCUGUGGUGGGUGGUCCUCACGCUCACCUGGUUCCUGGCGGCCGGCAAGAAGUGGGGCCACGAGGCCAUUGAGGCCCACGGCAGCUAUUUCCACAUGGCGGCCUGGGGGCUGCCGGCACUCAAGACCAUCGUUGUGCUGACUCUGCGCAAGGUGGCGGGGGAUGAGCUGACCGGGCUCUGCUAUGUGGCCAGCAUGGACGUGGCAGCGCUCACGGGCUUCGUGCUGGUGCCCCUCUCCUGCUACCUGGUGCUGGGAACCAGCUUCCUCCUGACGGGCUUCGUGGCACUCUUCCACAUCCGCAAGAUCAUGAAGACAGGUGGCACCAACACAGAGAAGCUGGAGAAACUCAUGGUGAAGAUCGGGGUCUUCUCCAUCCUCUACACGGUGCCCGCCACCUGCGUCAUUGUCUGCUAUGUCUACGAACGUCUCAACAUGGACUUCUGGCGCCUUCGGGCCACAGAGCAACCGUGCACACUGGCCACUGUGCCCGGAGGCCGCAGGGACUGCUCGCUGCCAGGGGGCUCCGUGCCCACCGUGGCUGUCUUUAUGCUUAAAAUCUUCAUGUCUCUGGUGGUGGGCAUCACCAGCGGUGUCUGGGUGUGGAGCUCCAAGACUUUCCAGACCUGGCAGAGCCUGUGUCACCGCAAGAUGGCUGCUGGCCGGGCCCGGGCCAAGGCCUGCAGGGCCCCCACAGGCUACGGCCGUGGCACCCACUGCCACUAUAAGGGCCCCACGGUGGUCUUGCACAUGACUAAGAUGGACCCCUCUCUAGAGAACCCCACACACCUCUAGCAACACAGCCCUGGCUCCAGGUGGUGGCUGCCCCUCCUUGCCCCCCUCUUCCUCGCCACCCCCCUGCCCCAGACAGCUGACUAGCAGCUGUCCAGCUGUCAAGGCCAGGCAAGUGAGUGCAGGGGGCUGAGGAUCAGGGACCCAGUAAGGCUCACACCCUUGCGCCCCCUAAUGCAGGGGGUGGCCUGCCUGAGUUCCCCGAGGGCCCUAGGAGAGGAUGAGGGGGCAGAGGGCAUGAUCCAGCAGGGAGUUUAUUUAAUGAUGUAAUUUAUUGUUGUGUUCUCUGGAAGCUGUGACUAGAAUAAACCCCUGUGUGGCACUGCUGACUCCUCUUUGGGCUGGAAAGGGGGCAGGUAGGAGGGUGAGGGUCCU